AUGAAGUACAUUCCGCAUCCCCCCAUUUUCGUCUCCCAGAUCCGCACUACGGACGUGUGGUUUCUCCUCGCCCUCGGAGUGACUUGGGAAUUGGCGGUCCGUCUCGUACUCCUUACCGUCAAACGAAAGCCGGCGGCCCUCUCCAAAAAAGAACAGCAGUUGGCACUUUUGCAACUCGAGACGAAUCGCAAACGAAAACUCGGCCCCUCCGCUUUUGUGGAAACCUCCAAACUCGAACGACAAGUACUCGUUAUGGAAAAGGAAAUGGAAGACAUUCGUGAACGCCGCAAAAAGCAACUCGACAAGCUGGAGAAAACCUUGCAUCGUUACGGCAAUAUAAGCUUGGCCAUCGUCAUUUUUAUUCUGUAUUACGGCGUUCCGAUUCUGACCGUUGAAGAUAUGGAGGUCGGACUCGUCACGGAGGCUUCCAAGUCCUAUCUCAAGGCUAUUCUGUUCCCCGUCACAUCGGUGGGUAUGGGCAUGCGAGUGUCGCGGUGGGGAUUGCCGAAAGAUAUAUCUGCCAGUAGUCUCGGAGCUUUGGUGGUGGUGUGGUCGGCGCAAGUCACCGUGGGCAAGCUCAUGGAUGCCGUGGAUGCUUACCUCAUGUAA